AUGGCUGUCGAAAAAGAAGCUAGAUCGCGCAUCCGCUAUGCGGACGAGGAAGAUGCAGUGCGAUCUGAUGCUUCGCGCCGCUCCUUGCAUCGUCGAGGUUCCGCCGCUUCAGCCAUAUCAAUACGAUCUGCUCAUAGCCGAGUAGUUGCCCCUGAAGCUGCCCUUCCAAUUACUUACCGAACGCUCAUGACUCCGGGGGGCAUUAUUGGGAAGGAUGACGGCGACCGUCUUGCCGGGAUAUCCGAACUUGAUUGGCAUCUGAUAUCGAUCGAUGAACUGGUUCGCAGGCUCUCUACUUCUAUCGUUCAGGGGUUAUCUGUUGAGCAAGCCCAACGUCGCAUUUCAAAAUAUGGAAAAAAUGCGCCGACGCCCCCGCGCACAGAAUGGUUUCGAAAGAUAAUGGGUUAUUUCUUUGGGGGGUUUGGUGUUCUACUCUUUAUCGGAUGCAUACUAGUGUUCAUAGCGUGGAAGCCACUGGGUAACCCUCCCGCUCUAGCAAAUCUUGCCCUUGCAAUUGUCCUUGGUGCGGUUUGGGUCAUCCAGGCUGGGUUCAAUGCUUGGCAGGACUGGUCUUCCUCCAGGGUUAUGGCUUCUAUCAAAACUAUGCUUCCGGAUGACUGCAUGGUUAUUCGGGAUGGAGCUACUUCGCUGAAGUCAGCUCUUGACCUCGUUCCGGGUGAUGUGAUUAAAAUAAAACAAGGCAAUAAGCUACCGGCCGAUGUUCGCCUAGUCGAGGCUUCCCCUGACUUGAAAUUCGAUCGGUCUAUUUUGACAGGCACGGCUACCGGAAUCUGUGUCUCAACAGGUGACUCGACGAUAUUUGGGCGGAUUGCAGGUCUAACAAACAAACCCCGACAUGAAUUUACACCCAUUCAAAAGGAAAUAUUACGCUUUGUUCUUAUCAUCGCCUCCUUCAUUGCAACCGUGGUUGUUUUAGUCAUUGUACUCUGGGCCACGUGGUUACGGAGAGACCAUCCCGACUGGAUUAACGUCUCGCUGCUCAUUGUGAACUGUGUUAGUGUCGGCAUCGCAUUUGUCCCUGAGGGCUUGCCAGUUGCAGUUGCAAUGAGUCUUACCAUUGGAGCCAACAUCAUGAAGAAAAAUAAGAUUCUUUGCAAGUCCCUAGCAACAGUAGAAACGCUUGGAGCGGUUUCCGUCAUUUGUUCUGACAAAACAGGAACUUUGACAAAGAACGAGAUAUACGUGACGGAUACCUAUGCCGGAGGGAAGGAGUACAAAGCGGACGAUGCUAAAGAAGGGCUAUUCACUGGGAAACUUGGCGAAGAUAUUUCAAAUCGCGGCUUGGAGAGACUCCGUGUUUCAGGGGCCCUGUGCAAUGCCGCGGAAUUCGACGCUUCUACCACUAAACUCCCAACUGGGAUGAUGAAAAUAUACGGUGAUCCCACUGACCAAGCCAUUUUAAGAUUUUCUGAGAUGCUGUCAUCCGUUCAGGAUCUCAGGAUGAACUGGAAGAAGGUUUUUGAAGUAGCGUUCAACAGCAAAAACAAGUUUAUGAUUCGGAUAAUGUCUCCAUUCGAGCAGGGAGAAAAGCACCACUUGCCUUCUGAUGCAGAGCUAUGGAUUAAAGGUGCCCCUGAGGUGCUACUAUCUCGAUGCGACACGUUGUUACGAAAUGACGGGACAAUUACGCACUUGUCAAACGCUGAUCAAGCCACCAUUGAAAGUGUCAAGAAUCGGUGGUCCAGUGAGGGUAAACGUGUUAUCCUAAUAGCACAAAAGACAAUCCACAAUGAUAUGUCCUCAGUGCUCAAAUCAGCAAAGGCCGAAAAGGCUGUCCUUGAUUUGGCGAGGGGAGACCUUACGUUUAUCGGUCUUUGGGGUCUUAUUGACCCAAUUGUCACCGGAGACUUCAAGCUUACAGCUCAAGCCAUCGCAAGGGACUGUGGUAUUAUAAGAAGCGCACCAGCCUUGGUCCAUUCCAUUGAUAAUCUUAAUCGCAGUUUUGAAAAACCGCAAACGGCGGUGGAAACCGAGGGUCUCCGUUCCAUCGCAAUAAGCGGGCCCGAGUUGAUCACUCUUAAUGAAUCACAAUGGGAUCAACUUUGUAUGUACGAGGAAAUCGUCUUCGCGCGUACCACACCAGAACAGAAAUUACGAAUUGUGAAAGAAUUUCAAUCGCGCGAUCAUACUGUCGCGAUGACCGGCGAUGGAGUGAAUGAUGCGCCAGCACUGAAGGCUGCUGACGUUGGAGUUGCCUUGGGGAGCGGAUCCGAUAUUGCAAUCGAAGCUUCGGACAUGGUCCUUCUGGACUCGUUUUCUGCUAUCGUUGAGGCCGUAAAGUAUGGCCGAUUGACCUUUGAUAAUUUGAAGAAAACCAUCAUUUAUCUCCUCCCGGCCGGUAGUUUCAGCGAGCUAUCCUUUUCUAGGGCCUGUUAUGGCAAACGUCGUUCUCGGGGUUCCCCAAGUACUAUCCUCAUUUUUGAUGUUUAUUCACUGAUGCUGGUGGAGCUAUUGCACUCGCAUAUGAGAAACCUGAGAUGGAUGUUCUGCUUCGGGCCUCCACGCAACGCGAAAAAAGACCGAUUAGUUAACGUUAGAUUCAUCCUUCAUGCCUACACAUUCAUUGGUGUUUAUGAAUGCCUACUCUCAUUUGUGAUGGCGUUCUGGUACAUGUCGCGACGCGGGAUCCCCUUCAGUGCGUUGGUAUUGAAGUUUGGCAAUUGGGGUCCGCAGUACGACCCAGACUACGUGGCCGAGGUCACAAAUCACGCUUCGUCGAUCUACUUUGUAAACUUGGUGGUCAUCCAAUUCUUCAACUUAUUGGCAACAAGGACAAGGCGCCUUAGUAUAUUCCAGCAACCACCAUUGUUUAACAAGCAGACUCAGAAUCCGCUACUCUUCGCAGGAAUGGUGUGGUCUCUUUUCAUCGUUUUUAUAUUCUGCUACAUUCCCGGAAUUCAAGAUACGGUGGAUACCACGUCAGUCCCGGUGGAAUAUUUCUUUAUCCCAGUCGCCUUCGGCAUUGGAAUCCUGCUUCUCGAUGAAACGAGAAAGUAUUUCGUCCGUGGUUCGCCAAACGGCAUAUUAGCGAAGCUUGCCUGGUAG